AUGGGUGGCGCACGCACGAUAUGUGAACAACCAAACUAUCAUUAUGAAUUUGGUGAAGCUUGCAAGUCACCUGAUAUACUCUUCGCGUUUGAUUUUUUUCGAAUCCCUAUCAGUCUUUAUCCGGAGAGAGGGGCCAACCGAAUACUCAUCUCUUGCUCUAGAAUGUUCAAAAGAUUGUAUCAUUCAGUUCAUUCUCGUCCAUUGCUAGAUUUGGCUAAACCGGAGAUACGCAUAUUAUCACAUGCUUUGAGUAAAUUUGUUCCGAAAUAUGGGUUUUCAGACCGUUCCAUUCAGAAUGCCCUUUUGGAUUUGGGCUAUUCUAACAACGGCUUUGUCAGUGUUUUCAAGAUGAAUGGGCAUUCAGAUCCUGUCAUGUCAUUGAUAAACCACCACCUUUUAUCCCAAAGACAGAAUCUCACUCUCGAACUCGAACAUCUAAGCACUUUGAAAAGUGAGACAAGCAAGUUAAAGCAUCUGGUCACCAAAAGACUACUAGGUAAUGCUCCCAUUAUAGACCAUCUACACGAAGCUCUUUCUUAUAUGAUACUUCCAUCAAAUAUGGUGGCUUCAAUGGCCGAAUUGCACAACUUGUCUGACGAUAUUUCAUUCUACGCCGGUGACCGUUCGAAUGAUUUUGCAUGGUAUUCCAAAAGGCUUGCCUUGUCGACAGUAUACGUGCAAGGCGAGCUGUGCAUGCUAAAAGAUACAUCUGAAGGGUUUGCUCACACAAUAGAUUUUGUCACAAAGCGGUUGGACGAAAUUGAGUCCCUUGGCUAUGCUUAUAACUCCGUUGAAGAAUGGGGAGGAUUUACCUUGAUGAGUACUGUCAACUUGAUUAAAAGUCAGUUGGUUCGUGGAUAA